GUCUGCCUGUCUCACCUCAGGGCUGAGACCCGGUGUCGGUGUGUCCGACAGUAAACCAUGUAACAGAGCGGGCCCGGGACGGUGAGGUUUCUCGGUGUCAGCUGAAAACAAACCGAUCUUCAACAGAGCCGCGGACAUGACUCUUCUCAUGGAGCCGAACCGGACCGCAGAGCCACUGUAGUGCCGCUGCAGUGAACCACUUUAAGAGCUGCGGCCGCUACAGAUGCUGAGAGAGACCUAGUCCUGUGGACAGGAAGUAAACAUGGCCUCCAGCUCACCACCUCGGAACCCCCCCAGCGGCCUCACAGACAGGAGCGGUAGCUUCUUUAAGCUGAUUGACACGUUUGCGUCUGAGAUCGGGGAGCUGAAGAGAGAGAUGGUGCAGACCCCUCUGACGGUCGACAAAGAGCCCAUGGAUUUACAGGGGCUGGAGGGUGAAGUGUGUGGUGUGUACCUGCAGUCCCCCAGCUGUGCAGGUCUGGGGGGUGAAAGGGAUUCUGGGUAUGACUCGUUGCGCAGGAGGAUGAGUGUGUUGGACAGACUGACUCAGACCCACCCGGUGUGGCUGUUGCUGGCCGUCAGCGAAGAGGAGGCCACUCGCAUUCUGCUCAAACAGCCACCGGGGGUGUUCCUGGUCAGGAAGUCCGCCGCUCUGCAGAGGAAGAUUCUGUCUGUACGUCUGAAGGAGGAUCAGUCCGGAUCGCCCAUCAGCCACCUGCCUGUCAGAGAGAGCCAGUACACCUUUUCUCUGGAGGAUUCUGGGAUCAGCUUUGCCGAUCUGUUGCGCCUGGUGGCGUUCUACUGUAUCAGCAGGGAUGUCCUGCCUUCCACACUCAAACUCCCAGAGGCCAUUGCAUCGGCCAAGACUCAGAAAGAGCUGGAGGAUGUGGCUCAGCUCGGAGCAGGCUUCUGGGACUCUGCCCUUUGCAGUCAGCGCCGCACUUCCCCCCGUGCCUGUCGUCCUCUGAGCCGGACCCUCAGCCCCCAGCGGAGUAACAGGAACAGGGAGGUCGAGUGGUCGCAGCAGAAACACGCCGGGGCCCACUGCGACAGCGCGCCCCCUACCCUACGCUCCUGCGCCACUCCACCUUCCUUUCGUCUGGAGAGAAGACAUUCCAGCGGCCCCCUGUGCUUCGUCACCCCCCUGUUCCUCCAGACGCAUCACCGGCACCAUCGCUUUGAGGACGGUCUGCCAACACAUGCCGUCAAGUCCGCUGAAGACCCAGAGAAUGAGGGGAAGUCGUCCUUGAAGCUGUUGAGCAGCAGCCCAGGUAGCGAGCAGCACGCGGACAAGGUCAAACUGAACGGCAAAUCACGGACUCCUCCCCCCCGCCCUCCUCCCCCCCGCUCCAUGCCUCGCCGGCGCCCUGCCCCUCCACCACCUGGACCCCCAGCAGCUACCACCAGACCAAAGAGCAUGCCAGUGGCUGUGGCUGCGUCUACAAGGCCACCACCGUCUUCCACAAAGCGCCAGGCGCCGGCUCGGCCAUCAAUGGGGGCCAAACAGGGCAGCCCGUCCAAGACUGCCAGCUCACCGAUCCCUGUGCCGUCCAACCCUCCGCCACCGAGGCCUAAAAAGCCGGAUCUAGAAGCUCACCGCUGCCACAUCGCCCUGGAUGAUGAGACCAUUGCCAAAGCUCUGUCCCGGGCUAAGCUUCCCACCUGCCAGCCUUCAUCAGCUGAUGCUCUGUUAGAGGAUAACGCCGGGAGUCCGUCCACUCCUAAGGAGCGGGGACGCCAGCGGCUCAGUGACAUGAGCAUGUCCACUUCCUCCUCUGACUCACUGGAAUACUCCCAGUCUCCAGGAUUCUCCCUGGGCCUGGCCCCUAGCCCGUCCCGACACCUGAAUCACCAAGACACAGUGGAGGACAGCAGCGACGACGACGAGGAUGUGGACGAAGAUGACGAGGACUACGGGGUUAGUUUGGAGACAGACCUAGAAAUGCGCCACCGUCCGUCCUUCAAAGCGCGUAGGCGAAGGGUUGGUGUGAGUCUGGGUGGGGGCCCCUUCAUCCUGCCCAGGGCACUGAAGGGACGCUUCCGCAAGGUGAGCGGCAUGCUCAGCUCCCUCAUGACCCCGGAGAGACGGGCGGUGAAAAGGAUCGCAGAGAUGUCCAGGGACAAAAGCUCUUAUUUUGGCUCCCUGGUCCAGGACUACAUCAGCUUCGUUCAGGAGAACCGCGGCUGUCACACCUCAGGGAUGGAUUUUUUGCAGACUCUCAGGCAGUUUAUGACGCAAAUGAAGGCUUACCUGCGCCAGAGCUCUGAACUGGACCCCCCUCUAGAGUCCCUCAUACCUGAGGACCAGAUCGACCAGGUGCUAGAGAAGGCCAUGCACAAGUGUGUCCUGAAGCCUCUGAAGAGUGUGAUCGAGGUGGCUUUAAAUGACUUCCAGGUGAAAAGCGGAGCUUUGCAGCAGCUAAAGGAGAACCUGGCCCUGGCUAAGGCCAAGCGGCCCCAGGAGUUAGGGGUGGAUGGAGCUGUGCCUCCUGACCCCUUGGCUAUUGAGAAGAUCCGCCACAAGUUCCUAAACAUGAGGAAGAUGUACUCCCCUGAGAAAAAGGUGUCAUUGCUGCUGCGUGUGUGCAAACUCAUCUACACCAUAAUGCAGGAUAACUCAGGGAGGAUGUAUGGUGCAGAUGACUUCCUGCCCAUGCUGACUUAUGUGCUGGCUCAAUGUGACAUGCCUACGCUGGACACAGAGAUCCAAUACAUGAUGGAGCUGCUGGACCCAUCUCUGUUGCAAGGAGAGGGGGGCUACUACCUGACCAGUGCGUACGGAGCCAUGGCCCUCAUCAAGAACUUCCAGGAGGAGCAGGCCGCCCGGGUACUGAGCUCCGAGGCCAGGAACACGCUGCACCAGUGGCACAGGCGGCGCACCACCCCCCGCUCAGCGCCCACUGUGGACGACUUUCAGAACUAUCUCCGGGUAGCGCUGCAGGAAGUAGACACAGGCUGCACGGCCAAAACCCUGAUCGUCCAGCCGUACACUACCACAGAGGAGGUCUGCUCGCUCUGCGCCUACAAGUUCAAGAUUCCGGACCCUGAAGCCUACGCACUGUUCCUGGUCAUUGAGGACACCAGCCAGCAGCUUGCCCCGGACACACACCCUCAGCGAAUCAAAGCGGAGCUCCACAGCCGGCCCUGUGCACACACCUUCCACUUCGUCUACAGGAGGAUACCAAACCUUAACCUCUUCCUCCCGGGCAUCAUGGACAAUGCAAACUGUAUACAUGUUGAAUAGAGCAGCGUAAUGAUCCUGAACUGGUGCUAGUAGAGGGUUGUUUUGUAGUUAGAUUUUAGGACGUCUGAAUGGAAACCAAGCUGUAUAUCGCAGUCAACAGGUCGAGGUGACCUUGGGCAAGAUACUUAAAGGGGCCCUAUUAUGCUUAUUUGGGUUUUUUAUUUUGUGUUAUACCUGUUUCAAUGACAUCACUACAUUAAACUUGUGCUUCUAUUCGCAAGCACUCCAACAUAUUGUACGUGAUAGGCUAAGCGAAGGGACAUCUAUAAGCAGUUGACCAAUCACAACAGAGCGAGCCAGCUGGUUUCAGACAGAGGGUGAAAAGAGGUGCUGCAGCACAGGCAGUAUGAGAAAAAUGCAGAGCUUUUUGAACAUUAAAGCAUGGAGACAUGUCUUAGGAGAGACACUAAAUACAAAUAUGAACCUGAACUUAUCAUAACAGGGCCCCUUUAACUGCACAUUUUUCCCGAUCGCAUGGCUAAAGGUGUGUGAGUGUUUGUCUCUCUGAGCAGGGGGCACCUUGUAUGCCUCUGUAUGAAUGUUUGUUAAUGAGUGAGUGCUGACUUGCAUAUAUUAAUGCGCUUGGAGGGGUCAAAAAGUCUGGAAAGUGCAUUUAAAGGCAGUCCAUUUACCAUUUACCUUAUUGAUGAUUUUAUAUGAGGACUAUUGUAAGUUGGGAAGGUGGUACGCUGAGCGGACAUUAUCACGUUGUGUAUAGAAAAUAGUUUGCAGGAUUUUUCAGUACGUAAAGAAUGACAUGGAGCUUGAGAGUUCUUAAGAUUGUUGGACAUGUGUGCCAUCGUUAAAGUAAAGGUCAUGUAACUAACGUUUGCCUUAACUGCUGUUAUGCCUUCAAAAGGAAUACUGCGUGCUGCUGACAGCUGUCAUCCAGUGAUCAGUCAGAGAUGAAAAAUCAUUCUAAAAUAAAGUUGAUUUAAUCAAGUCAAAUUAAUUAUUUUUAAAAGUUAUGUUUAUUUUCUACAAUUGCUGGUCAAUUGUAGCUUGUAUUCUGUGUAGAAAUAUUUUUAUAUUCCAAUGCGUCAUCUUUAAUCACUAAAGAUUUGUAUUCUGAUUUCAUAUUACUGUACUGGAUUCAAUAGUGGACUAAGAUCUAUGCCAGUUAUUUCUUAAGAGUCAAUUUCCAACAACACUGUUUAUAUCACUCCAACUGUGGGAAUAUAUAAAAUUCUCUCUGAACGAAACUA